GGAGGAGUUGCCUAACCCCCAGGCGCCCCCACACCCCCGCGCUUUCUGCGCUCCACACUCCCACGAGUCGCCUACCUCUCAGGAGCCCACACUGGGGAUGGAGAUAAAGGAGCAGCGCGAAGACUGGCCGGAGGAGGGCACAAAGGAGAAGGUCAUGAUUAGGGAGGGCGAUGCACGAGUUACGUGCAUGAAAGCAGAUGGCAACUGCCUAUUCUAUGCUAUAUCGCAUCAAAUGCACGCCCUGGGCUUGGUGGAGGAUGAAGGCCCGGUCGAACCAGGAGACCUGAACCACUCCUUGCACUCCUUUGACCUCCGGCAGGCGGUAGCUCGGCACAUUAAGGCCUACCCAUACCAGUUUGAGGGGGCGCUCUUCUCGGCCGCCGCGGACGACCCGCCAGCAUACCGGCGGUUCAUGGCCGAGAGGCCGGACGGGAAGAUGCACUUCGCUCAGAUACAUGAAGCGGCCCGCCGCUAUGCAUCCAAACUGUCUAUGGACACAGUGUGGGCCGGCGAGGAGGCGCUUGUGGCGCUGGCCGAGGCCAAGCAGCUCCGCAUUGAGGUCUAUUAUGAGACCCCCCACCCCGAGCAGUGGGCCGAUACGCCCCCCGCUCUCACCUUCCUCCCCCAAAACCAGCCCCCUCGCGCCACCGUUAAGAUUGUCUACAGGCUCAGCAAAAAACGCAACGGGCAGAGGGUGCACUACGACAGCCUGGAGCGGUUCCGAGAGAGGCGGAGAGCGAGAGCGGAGGAGGGCACCAUCUUCGACCCCAUCUGCAUUCCCGAGGAAGAGAAAGAGAAGAAGAGGUCAAAGGGCACGGCACGCCGACGCAGGAACCGGGCGAGCCAGAAGAGGAAGCGGUCAGCCGAAGGGCCCAAAGGGAGCACAACCAGUGGCGGCGGUGGUAACCAGCCCGCGGCGUCGGAGCCCACCACCUCCGUGGUAGCGCCAGGGCCAACAACAUUCCCGCUAAAGAAAGGUAAGGUGGGUAAGCCCUCCGUACUCCCCAGGAACCGUCCCAUCCGCAUUGCCACCUGGAACGUACGGACCAUGUUCAAAGCCGGGGCGGCUAGGAACGUGACCUCCGAACUGCUGCGGAUGGGGGUAGGUAUCGCAGGGCUGCAGGAGAUGAGGUGGGAAGGGUGGGGAGACCUGCGAAUGGCAGACUACCACCUCUACUGGUCGGGACCAAGGAAGGGCAGCAGGAGGGAGCACGGGGUGGGCUUUGCAAUACACAAGAGCCUCGUCCCAGCGGUAUACGCGUUCGGCCCGGUUAACAAGAGACUGGCCGUGCUCCUCCUCCGCACCCAGGAGGAAAAUCUUGCCUUCGUGAGCUGCCACGCACCGUGCAAUUCUGAUAAGAACCAUGAGGAGAAGACCGCGUUCUAUGACAGGCUACAGAAAGUGGUGAGUACAGUUCUCUCCAAGGGUGCAGUCAAGAUCAUCCUGGGCGACAUGAACGCCCAGCUAGGGCCCAUGAAGGACCCGAAGGACAAGAGAAGAGGCAAGUAUACCUACCACACGGAGGACAACGGUAACGGUAACAGGCUCCUCUCCUUUGCGAGUGCGACGGCGAUGACGGUGGUCAGCACCACUUCGUCGCGCCCCAAGGCGGAGUGCUUCACCUGGUCCUCACCCAAUGGCAAGGUUGUCUCCCAGAUUGAUCACAUUCUGGUAGACACCGCCCGGGCUGGGUGGGUAACAGGUGCACACUCCGAGUGGACUGCGUGUAAUGACUCUGACCAUGCCCCCGUCGUCGCGGCGCUGAAGGUGAAGGUGGCCGACUUCAAGAGGACACACACUGGCGACCUGCUCAAAUCUCCUAAGAAGUUAAGGGUGGAACGGUUGCGAGAGGACGAGGUAAGAGACAAAUUUCAGGAGAGAGUGGCGGAGUUAUUACAACGGCGGCCGGGGGCCGACGAGGUAGUGCGGGCAGACGAUGUCGUCGCUCAGCAGGAGGGAGGCGAGGAGGUGAGGGCGGGAGAGGCGGAGGAGGAAGUCGGCCCCCAUGAAGAGGAGUUGGAGGAGAGCCUGGACGAGAUCUGGCAAAGGAUCGAGGCGGCCCUGCAAGAAGGAGGUGAGGAGGUACUCGGCUUGCAGGAUAAGGUCACGGGCCAACCCUGGUUCGACGAGGAGUGCGAGACGGACAUGGAACGGAGGAACGCCUACUGGAGGUGGCACCGGGAGAGCCCGGAGGACGAGGAGCUCCGGGAAGCCUACGAGGAGAGUCACAACACCCUCAAAUCUACACUGAGACGGGUACGUAGGCGUUUCUUAGACCAGCACUGCCGGGAUCUGGACGAGGCGCGCACACAGAACGACACCAAGAAGUUCUUCGAAGGCGUCAAGCGGCUGAAGAACGGCUUUGUCCCGCGGGCCACCAUGGUAAGGUCGGAGGGCGGGAUGCUCGCCGUGGAGGUAGGCCAACAGCUGGGCACCUGGCAGGGCCACUUCGAGAAGGUACUACGGGGAGCCAACGCCGUGCAGGCCGCAGGGGAGGAGGCACAUGAUGACCACGACCAGGACCCGGGCCAGAACACCUACGACGCAAGAGAGAGGACCCCCCCAACGCGCGAAGAGCUAGUGAGUGUGCUGGAAGCCAUGAAGAAGAGAAAGGCGCCAGGAGCGGAUGGCAUCGCCAUGGAGCUCCUGCAGUGUGGGGGGGAGGCGCUGCUGGACGAGCUUACCAAGCUCAUGGUGAAGAUCUGGGAGGAGGAGAAGAUCCCCGUGGCCUGGGAGGAGGCAGUCAUCACCGUGCUACACAAAGGGAAGGGCUGCAUCUACGACUGCGACAACUAUAGGGGGCUCUCUCUCCUCAACACGGGGUAUAAGGUAUGCUCCUGCAUGGUUCUCCACCGACUGGUGAAAUACGCGGACAAGGCGACCGGUGAGUACCAAGCUGGUUUCAGGAGAAACCGCUCAACGACCGACCACAUCCAUGCGGUAAGGACCAUCAUCAGCAAGCGGCGCGAGCGACACCUGGACACGCACCUACUAUUUAUCGACUUUGCCAAAGCAUACGACUCCAUCUUUAGGGAGGUGCUCUGGCAGAGACUGGGAGAGAUGGGCAUCCCUCAGAAGCUGAUAGCCAUGAUGAAGGCCCUGUCCAAGACGACCAGGAACCGGGUACGGAUCCUGGGCUUCUUGUCCGAGGCUUUCGAGACACUGGCGGGAGUCCGACAGGGGGAUGCCCUCUCCCCACAGCUCUUCAAUCUCGCGCUGGAGUCGGCCAUCAGGAGAGUGAUGUCUAUGCUCGGGGAUGAGGUCACUCUGCUUGCAUACGCCGAUGACAUCGUGCUGAUCGCGGAGACACGGGAGCACCUCACUAUGGUCAUGGCGUUGCUGAUGGUGGAGUGCGCUAAGAUAGGGUUGCAGGUCAACCAAGGUAAGACUAAGUACAUGUACUCCUCCGCCAGGCCCGAGCUCCCCGUUAUGCCCUUGGAAGUGGGGGAGCACUCCUACGAGGCGGUCACCUCGUUCCGCUACCUGGGUUCUGUCAUCACCCAGGACAAUGACAGCUACCAGGACAUCAGGGAGCGCACCUUCCAGGCGCUCCGCAAGAUGAAGGCGCUGCAGGCAAUGCUAGGCUCCAAGGACGUCGGUAGAGAGGGUAAGAUCAGGAUCUACGAGGCCAUCAUCAAGCCCGUAGCCAUCUACGGCGGCCAGGCCUGGACCCUCGAUGCCAGGUGCCGGGAGGCCCUUCUCGUCUUUGAGAGGCAAGUACUGCGGUGCAUGGUGGGCCCAGACCGCUCCACACCGGGGCACAUCCGCAUCCGGCGCAUCGAGGAGAUCCGCGACAUCCUGCAGUACCACAAGAGCAUUGUGAGCUUCGUGGAGGCGGCGGCGAUGAGCUGGGCAGGCCAUGUGGCGCGAGCGCCGGCCGACAGGGUGAUCAGGCAGGUGACUGACUACCAGCCGGCCGGGCCCAGGGGCAAGGGCAGGCCCAAGAAGAGGUGGACUGACUACAUCAAGGAGGUGGCCCGGGGGGAGGGGGCGCAGGAUUGGGAGGAGGAGGCUCAGGACCGGGAGAUCUGGAAGGGCAUCUGCCGGCAGGUCAAGGACAGGCCCCCACCGCCGAUCAAGCGCCCGCCAGCGAAGACAUCUACCGUCGACAAGGCGGACACCGGCACGCCCCCCACAGGCGCCGCCGCCCCCUCAACAGCUAACCCUUUGAGUGUUCCAGGCACCCAGCGGCAGCGCAGCGUGCACGCAGACAGCGAGGAGGACCUGGAUGACCCGGGGCUGCGAAGGUCACCGCCCGCCCGCCAGCCGCUCCGCACGGUGCACUCCCUGAGCGACAGCGGGAAACACCCCAAGACGUUCGCCUUCGACCACUGCUUCGACUCUCUCGACCCGGCCUCUCCUAAGUUCGCGAGCCAGGAGGAGGUGUUCGACAGCUUGGGCAGGGACAUCCUGGAGAACGCGUUCGAGGGCUACAACGCGUGCAUCUUUGCGUACGGCCAGACGGGGUCGGGCAAGUCGUACACUAUGAUGGGCGGCCGCGACAGCAAGGGCAUCAUACCCCGCCUGUGCGACGCGCUGUUCGACACGAUCGAGAAGCGCCAGAGCGCGGAGCUGUCCUGCAAGGUGGAGGUCAGCUACAUGGAGAUCUACAACGAGAAGGUGCACGACCUCCUGGACCCCAAGGCCAACAAGCAGUCCCUGAAGGUGAGGGAGCACAACGUCUUGGGGCCGUACGUGGACGGCCUGUCCCAGCUCGCCGUCACCGCGUUUCAGGACAUCGACAACCUCAUGGCGGAGGGAAACAAGUCUCGAACCGUGGCCGCCACGAACAUGAACAGCGAGUCCUCGCGUUCGCACGCCGUCUUCUCCGUGAUCGUCACCCAGACAUUGACGGACACGCGGAGCGGGGUGUCUGGAGAGAAGGUGUCGCGCAUGUCGCUCGUGGACCUUGCCGGCAGUGAGAGGGCCGUGAAGACCGGGGCGGUGGGCGACCGUCUGAAAGAGGGUUCCAACAUAAACAAGUCUCUAACAACUUUGGGACUUGUAAUUUCCAAAUUAGCUGACCAGUCUGCAACAUCAAAGAACAGGGAUAAAUUUGUCCCUUACAGGGAUUCUGUGCUAACUUGGCUGUUGAAGGACAAUUUGGGUGGAAAUAGCAAAACUGUUAUGGUAGCAACUAUUUCUCCUUCAGCAGAUAACUAUGAAGAAACUUUAUCUACUUUAAGAUAUGCAGAUCGUGCAAAGCGCAUUGUCAAUCAUGCAGUUGUCAAUGAAGAUCCUAAUGCUAGAAUUAUUCGUGAGCUCCGACAGGAAGUGGAGGCCUUGAGGGAAAUGUUGAAGCAUGCCACGGUAGGCCAUGCCAUUCCAGCUUUGGUAUGCUUUUUUGUUUUGUUUUGUCCUCUACUGUUUGUUUUGUUUGCUCCAUUGGCUCUAAAAUGUCUAUGGCCAUAGCCUUUUA